CUAUGAAAUAUUGUUUCAUUAGGUACUACCUCCGUGGCUUUAUAUUAUUUGUAUUUAUUUUAAUAAAAUUGGGAAUAUUAGCAUCCUAAAACAAAUAAAAUUGUUAAGUAGUAUCUUAACUUUAUCAAGUAACAUUCAUUCGCGAUGGAUAAAUCAUUUUAUCCAAAAAUCAUGAGCAAAGCUAGGACCGCUGGAGAUGGCAUGGAAUCUGAAGAUGGCACAGUGGAAAAAUCUAGCCAAGUCCCGUCCACCUCAACUACUAAGACCAACUCGGCCCUUCCUCGCCUCAUACAAGUUUAUCCUACAAAUAUAAUCAAAACCGAAAGCAAAUCAUCACAUAUUCGCUCAAAGAGCCCUAAGUUUGUCCCAUAUGAACCAUAUCCUGGUGCUGUCAAACCAAUCACACCCAAACUCAUGUCUAAGGGCUCUAAAAAGUCCAAAAACAACAUGGACAUAAACACACUUAUUUGUCAAAUGUCACAAAUGAAUACAAACUUGAAUGAGUUCAAGCCUCGGCCAAAACUUUUGUCAGCAAGUGAUAAAACACAGGAAACAGAUAAACCAAAUGAAGAACAAGUUGAAAUGCAGAAAAAAAUCAAUGAACUACUUCAAGAAAAUGAAUCUUUGAAGGAGCAGUUGAAACAACAAGCACAAGUGAAUAAGGAACUGAAGACAAUGUUAGUGGCGUCAAUGGGAGAAGACCUUGAAAUACAAGUGCAAUCCCUUAAUGAGGACAAGAAACAUUUAGCAAAUGCUUUAUUAAAUUCUGCUCAACAUCUUUCUACACAUCAGGAACAAACUGAAUGGCUGGCAGGUCAAUGUGAGGUGUGGAGGAGUAAAUUUUUAGCGAGCAGUCUAAUGGUAGAAGAAUUAGCUCAAUGCAAAAAGUUGCUGACUGAAAAAACCGAUAGUCUUCAACAAGCAAUCAAACAAUUAUUUGACGAGAGGUGUCGUGCAAGGGACAUGAUGUUAUGCACAUACAAAAACUUGUACGGUCUCCACGAGAAAUGGCUAGAAAACAUAGCUAUAUCAGAAUACGUCGGCGGAGGAACCGUGUACAAGCGGACAAUAGGCAACCUCAAUUUUAAUACCACUGCACUGCAGUCCACGAACAUCUUAGAUUUGUCAUCAGUUAACUUGAAAUUGUCUGAGAAUAUAAGCAGCUCCACUGAAAAACAGGAUAUUAGUCAUCUCAAUGAUUUACCAUCAGCGACAGAUGGUGAAAAACACGCAGAAAAUGUAAUGGCAUUGCCCUUAGAAGUAAGGAAGGUGAACGAGGAACCAGUGAACGCGCUUGUUCACCACGCCUAUACUAACAGCACGACCACAGUUCGGCCAAUAGCUUCAUGCGUGCAUUGCAAAGGACGGGUUCAACUGUUGUAGAGAAGUUUAUUUAGAUAAUUGCAUAUUUGUUGAGGUUAAGUACUAAAUUAAUUUUUAAUUUGGUAAUGAAUGAAUGAGAGUAUGUUGUAAGAAAAUAUAUAUUAUAGUUAUAGUAAUAUAUAACGUUAUGUUUGACAGCAGGAUAGGAAUGAUAUGUAUGACGUAAAUGUGAAAAGACCAUAAAAUCUAUUCAUAUGACAUCUGUCGCAGAGAUAAAGUUAUAUUUGAGGAGGCAUAAAUAAGCUCAUUAAACAAAAACGUAUUAUGUAAUUGUAAUAAACUACUAUUUAAAUUAAUAUGAAAUAUAAUGUUUUUAGUUCAGCAGUCCCAUAAUAACGUUUAUGUUGAGGUUGUGUGUUAGUAAUAAGGUUAGGUAAAUUAAUUUUAAUGGUGCUUUAAUUACACAUAAUUUAUAUAUUUAAAAUUCAUUCCGUAUACCUGGAAUUGGUUAAGGUAAUAAAAAAUAAUAUUGUUGAAUUUCAAUGUUUUAUUAUAAAACAUAGUACAAACUUUUAGGCGAGUAUAUACUCUAUAUAUUUCAUUGUAAGACUGUCUACAAUUUUAUAUAAUUCAGAAUUAAAAAGUAGGCACUGUCUUUUGUCUCCGCCUUAUAAAGAUUUACACCUAAAAUGUUAUAUGAUCACAGCACUAAUUUUCAAUAUUUACAUUAUAUUUUUACAAUCUUAUUA